AUGGCCGGAAAUGUAUUUCUGAAAAGUUUUCGUAGUGAUUUCUCGAUAAAAAAUGAAAAUGAAAAAAGCGUCGAUGAUGAGAAACAAAAUUCAACUUUCGAAGGUUGUUUUAGAGCAACACGAAUGUGGAAUGAAAUAUUAAUGAGGUUUCAUGAUGGUAUGCCUCGAAAGCGUCAUCGUCGAUAUCUUCGCUCUUUUGAUAAUUGUUUCACUGGUGAAGAAGCGGUUGAAUUUUUAAUGAAUGAGCUUCCGAAAUUGCUGUCAGAGAAAAAAGAUAUCACAAGAACAAAUUGUGCAUUAUUACUUAAUAAAUUUAUAAACCGCAAUUUAAUGGAAUCGGUACGCGAUAAAAAUUCCGCGUUUAAAGAAUGUGAUAUCUAUCGAUUUACAGCGAGGAACAAGUCUACUAAAGCGUCUAUACGACGCGCAAAUUCAUUCAAUGAACGGUAUGAUGUAAAGAAUGACGUUGGAUCAUCACAAGCUCUUCAGGGAGGACCAUAUAAUGGCGAAAAAUUUUUUCAAGCAAGAAUUUUUAUUGAAUCUUAUCAACCAUCGCUCUUAAAAUCCAGACGUUUAUCAUCAUCACAUGGUGAUCUUCCAUCAGUGAGUGUUCCGAAGUUUUGCAAAUCGAAUGAAAGUAUAGAGUCGAAUCGUGCUGUUAUUAAUUUUAAGCUGAAAGAUAAAGAUUGCAUCAAACAUACCAACAAUUUAAUUGGAUCAGAAAAGGACGGUAAAUCGCGUCUCGACGAUGUGAUAUCAAAACUGGCACAAAUAAAUCAGUCUAGUAACUCUUCUAUUCAAAAUCAAAAUCCCAUAUCAAGCGGAAAAGUAGUUUCUGAUGAAGAUUCAAGUAGUACCAAUCAAACUAUUAAUUUCCAAUCUUCUAUUCACGAAUACUGUUCUUCGAAACAUCCAAUCGUAAAUAUUGAUCGCGCCCCAGCUGUUAGUGAUAAUAUCAUUCAGAAUAGUUUAAAUGAUGUUGCAAAAGAAACUAAAAUCAAUCAGAUAGGAUCAUCAGAAUGUUUGAAAAAUGAAAAUUUUUUUUCUGUACAUCGAGUGGUGCGGAGUGCUAAUGAUUUAAUUAGGUCUCCUCAAGCUCUUUGUUCUUCGGGCAAUCUUAGAAAUUUUGGUAAAGUAAUCCAGCGCUGCGCUUCUCCGAACGAAAAAAUUGAAGAAUUCAGAUCCGAAUUCAAGUUCUUCAGUAAGGAUACCAACGAAUAUCCUCUCGUUGAUUGCGAUGUUGACAAAGUCUGGAAAAAUGCCCUACUUAUUCGAUUAAAAAAUUUGUUGCAAGUUGAUUUCCUCUUCGAAGUUUUUCAUCAUGGCUUCACUGGUAGAGAUUUGAGAUGGAACUGUGAAAAAGUUGGCAGCAAAGGGAUUGUGCAAGUUCGUGGAGAAGAAGAUGGUCUUUCUAACUAUUUAUUGGCGAUGAUGCGUUGUUUAUCGAGGUGGCCUUUUGAUAAUGAGCUUGUUGACAAAAACGUUAUAUAUCCUGGAUUUGAACUUGAUGUAUUUGAAAAUAUUUGUGAUCACUUCAUGAAAGAACUGUCUAUAAUGCCACUUUCUAUAGCUUUAUCAAUUCUAAACGUUGUGAAUGAAAUUGCUCGUCGAAAUAGAUCAUCUUCUCGUCGAAAUACGAAAAUAGAGACUAUUUUUCUUGGCUCCAAUACACCCGUUAGGCGUAUCAUUGAUGUUAAGAAAAAAAUUGAACGGUGGUCUUCGCGUGAUACGCCAGAAUGCGCUUCAACGAAUUUCGUGCGCCUUCCAUAUUAUCAGAAUAAUGUUAGUAUAUCUUCACCUAAAUUCUGUGCGAAGCAGUCGAAUGAUUCCUCUUUGAUUCAACACUUUAAUCCAACAAAUUCAGGAAAUAGUGGAGAAAAUUUAACUUUUGAUGCGAUAAUUUGUCGUUUACCUGGAUUACAAACCAGUCCAGAAUUAAUAGAGAGGUUAAAAGAACUGAAUAAACUCUCUAAUAAAGAUAAAAAUCAGACGAAUUUUAUUCGCAAUAAGUCUUCCUAUUCAUCUAAAGCACCUCCGCUCGGAUAUAACCCUUUGGUAGCAAAUAUACGUUUUAGUGAUAUUCCGGUUUUAAUAGAAUGCGUUUCUCUUAUUCUACUAACGAUUCGUCCUCCUCUUCGCCGAAAGCUUCAUUAUUUAAUUCGUUUUAUGCAACGAAUUAGCAGAAAUCAUUGUCUACGACUUGAUUCAAAUCAAGGAAAUCGCUAUGUUGUAUUAGAUCGAUUAUCGGAUUGUAUUAUUGCUCCAUCUGAAAAAAUUGAUCAUUUGAAAUGUUUACAUCUCGUGACUUUUCUGAUUGACAAUGAAUCUGAACUAUUUGCUAUACCAAAGAAUUUCAAAAUUAUUGUUGAAUCAGAACUUAAAUCUAAGAAAAAUGGAGAUGUUUGUUUUUGAAAGUCGAAAAAGCAAUUCUGCGAACCAAUUGAACCUAAGGAAUACAGAAAACAAAAUGAAAGCGAUAUAGAGAAGCACCUCCUUGCUUUGCUUGAUGAAAUUGUUGCCAAUGAAAACUUAACAGUUGAAGAAAAAAGGAAACAAUUGAAAAAA